UGCCACGUUUAAAAACAGAUUCAUAACAAGGUACUCCAAAACAAAAUGAAUGUUGGUGUAGCCCACAGUGAGGUGAACCCCAACACUCGGGUCAUGAACAGUCGAGGGAUCUGGCUGACCUAUGCCCUCGGUGUUGGAAUGCUUCACAUUGUGCUCUUGAGCAUACCCUUCUUCGGUGUACCUGUGGUGUGGACUCUCACAAAUGUUAUACACAAUUUUGGGAUGUAUGUCUUCAUGCAUGCAGUGAAAGGCACUCCGUUUGAGACCCCAGACCAAGGCAAAGCCCGGCUCCUGACACAUUGGGAACAGUUGGAUUACGGCGUGCAGUUCACAUCAUCCAGAAAAUUCUUCACUAUCUCCCCAAUCAUUUUAUAUUUUCUUGCCAGCUUCUACACAAAGUACGACACAACACACUUUGUCAUAAACACUGCUUCCCUUUUGAGCGUGCUGAUCCCCAAAUUGCCACAACUACAUGGAGUCCGAAUCUUUGGCAUCAACAAGUAUUAAUCUGAGUGUUAAGAGGGUCAGUGGUGUGUGACCAACUCUCAAAGGAGCUCUUGCCUCAUAGCAAGAUGAAUAGUUAACCCUAUGUACUCUGUACCACUGGAGUGUGUACUAAGCAGUUUUGUACAGUAUGUGCAAUUAUCACUCAUUGUUUAGAUACGUCAGGUAGUGGGAGAAUGAGCGAGAAUGCCAUGUGCAUUACUAAC